GUGGGAAGCAGGAGCAGGCAAUGUUCCACGUUGGCGUUGGAAAGGAUGGACUGAAGGAGGAGCGGGAAGUCCAACAAGGACGUCACAUGCGUGCCAUCAGCGGGGGUCGUUAGGAGACGAGCGCUCGGAGAACAUGGAGGCUCUGGAAGAGUACCGCUCGCCCUUCGACUUCGAGCAAGGCGUCAACGCCAGCUACCUGUACCUGUCCCCCGCCUGCAGCGACACGCCGCCCAGCUCGCCGGCCCCCCUGAGCCGAGGUCACCAGCAGCAGCAUCUUCUGCAUCCUGUGGCCGAGGUGGGACAGGACGCGGCCAUGACGGUGGGCCCCCCGUCGCCUCCCCUCGCCAUGACGGAGGAGGAGCGCCAGGAUCUACAAAUAGAACUGCUGAAGGUGGAGGACGAGAUCCAGACGCUGUCCCAGGUGCUGGCGGCCAAGGAGAGACAGCUGGCCGACAUCAAGAGGAAGCUGGGAGUGACGCCUCUCAACGAGCUCAAGCACAACUUCACCAAGACCUGGCAGGAGGUCACCACCUCCUCGGCCUACAAGAGGACGUCCGAGACGCUGUCGCACGCCGGCCUCAAGGCCACGGCGGCCUUCUCCAACGUGGGCUCGGCCAUCAGCCGCAAGCUGGAGGACGUCAGCAAGCGCUCCUUGCAGCACUCUGCUAGCAUGCCUGUUAUGAGGAACGCCCCGUCUUUCAAGUCCUUCGGGGAGAAAGUGGAGACAUGGAAGAGCAUGAUGAGUCCGUCAGCGUCUAGCGGCGAUGUCAUCGGCGAGCAAGAGAGCGGCGCUCCCUCCAGGGAGCCUGAACAGGAGGACAUGCCCUCCCAGGAAACGCCGAUGCACUGAGGCCGAACCCCCUAAACAUUGUCACUGUUUGCCCUUUUCAUGUGCCAGCCUCCUUCUGUUGGGAACUAAAUGACUUCACUUUUAGUGUUGUCACUUUGAGGCCAAUCACUUUAAUUUAAAGUCGUCUUAACACUGUGGGUUCUUGUUUUUGUCGUUACAAAGCUACCACACCUUUAUUUCCUGCUAAGUAUAGUUACAUUCCACUGUGCGCGCGCGCGCACACACACACACACACACACACACACACAGCUAUAGUCAAGGUUGGGCCAUGUGUGUGUCCAAAGUCAAUAUUUGUCCAGCAUUGUUGGCAGAGCUGCUGCUGCUGUGUUACAAACUACACACGCUUUCAUUCAUGUGUCAAAUACGAAGUUAAAGUAGAAGUGGAAAAUAAAAGUAAAAAUGUAAUCUUUCUUCAGUGCAUUUAAAGUUGUUUUUUUUUUUUUUUU